UGGCCACGCUUCAGCGACGAACAUCACUUCUUUCUACAGUGUCGGGAGGGUCGGAAUCGAUGGCUGCUCCUAUUCCUUCUUCUAUCAUCUCAUGCUCUCUGCUUUGCUCUGCUUCUUCUUCCACUUCUCUUCGUUGUGCCUUGUCCUUCCCUGUUGGAGAUGACUUCCAUGGCGGACUCCGGCAGCGGAUUCUGAACUCCAAGUCAUUGUCAUCUCCUCGGAGACGCCGGAACGAGGAUUCUGUCUGGCGAACAGCGCUCAAUGAGCUCCCUGCCGUUGAUCCACUGCCCUCUUUAACGAACCCGUCCGACGUCACCUCUCUCAAACUCAAACUACUGAGUAUUGUUUCUGGGCUGAACAGAGGCCUUGCAGCCAGUGAGGAAGACCUCAGAAUGGCGGAUUCUGCUGCAAAGGAGCUUGAGGCUGCAGGUGGGCCUGUUGUCCUUACCAAAGACUUGGAUAACCUCCAAGGGAAGUGGAAGUUGAUCUACAGCAGUGCUUUCUCUUCUCGCUCGCUCGGUGGAAGUCGCCCUGGCCCUCCUACUGGAAGGCUUAUCCCCAUUACGCUUGGACAGGUGUUCCAGCGGAUAGAUAUCCUUAGCAAAGAUUUUGACAACAUAGUAGAGCUUCAGUUUAGUACUCCUUGGCCGCUUCCUCAAAUUGAAGCCACAGCUACAUUGGCUCACAAAUUUGAGCUUAUAGGAACCUCAAAGGUAAAGAUAACAUUCGAGAAAACUAGUGUCAAGCCAUCAGGGAAUUUAUCUCAGCUGCCACCUUUUGAAAUUCCCCGUCUUCCUGAUGCACUGAGGUCUCCUUCAAACACAAGAAGUGGUGAGUUUGAGGUUGUCUACCUUGAUUCUGACUUGAGGAUAACUAGAGGAGAUAGAGCAGAGCUUAGGGUGUUUGUAAUCACGUAAGGUUUGUGGUACAGAUUUUUUUCCUGCAUUUGGAAGAAUACGUGUCCGAAGAAGAUCUGAACAUAUAUGCUGGUAGAGUUAUUACUGCGUACCACUUGUUCUGUAUUUUCUACCAUUUAAUUUUAAGGGGAUUUGUUAUGCUGCAUCUCAUUCCCAGCUGUCAACUUAUAUCAAUUUUACUUGAUUUUAGCAAGUGGAUCGCAUGACUUUGUAUACAUUCUUACGAUGCUUUACGCUGUGAAGCUCUCCACAUCAUGUGUAGGAAUGUAGAUGAUGAUAUACUGCUUUAUGAGCGUGCAUGCCACCUGAUAUCCCUUUGUGACAACAUAUUGCAUGCAUGGCAUGCGUGUUCUCAGAAUCUAUGCUGUAUUUCUCGAAUCUUUUGAUUCAUAUACAUGUUAUUGUUGAAUGCAUAUCUGUCCGGUAGAUCACACUCAAGUAAUAGAACGCAUUGACUGAGGGAGAGAGAGAGAGAGAGGAGGACUUAUCCC